GUCAUGAGCCCAACAUUCCAAGUUUGGGAGUUAGAGGCACGGACCAAUCAGCAGGCUCUGGUCCAGGUGACAUCACAGUGGCUGAAGAGCACCUGCGGCAGUUGGAGGGGCAGAGCAGAGGAAGGAGAGCGCAGAGCGGUCUUGCUCCCCUCUUGUCCCCUUUGGCUAUUGGUGUCAUUCUGUCAUCUGGAAGUCCCCCAGGAGCUUCUAGAGUCAGAAGAGGAACAGCUAAAGGAAUGGGUAGUUAAUCCCUUGAUGGAUCUUCCUGCCUGUGAACUCCACAGGCUUGGAGAGAUUGCAGAGCUGGUGAUGUCUGUUCGCCUCUCACCCACCCGUAAGGAAAAGCUAGCGCUGGCCUUGAAGGAUGAAGGCUAUAUUCCAAAGCUGCUCCAGCUUUUCCAGGUCUGUGAGAGUGCAAAGAACACCAAAGGCUUGCAUCUUCUCUUUGACAUUGUGAGAGGAAUUUUGUACCUGGACAAAACCAUUCUGUUUGAGGUGCUGUUUUCUGCUGAGUGUAUUCUCAGUGUUGUCGGAUGCCUUGAGUAUGAUCCUUGUUUGGCUCAGCCAGGAUGGCACAGGGACUUCUUGACCAAAAUGGCAAAGUUUCAGGAGGUUAUUCCUAUCAGAGACCCUGAACUCAGGAAAAAAAUCCACCAGAUGUCCAGGGCACAGUACAUUCAGGCCAUCAUCGCGCCUAAUCCAUCAGAUUUUGAAGAGGGCUUUCUUUCUACCCUCAAUUCCUUCAUCAGCUCCAGAAGAGAGGAGAUUCUACAUGGGUUGAAGGUAAGUGGUUUUUAAUGUGGCUUAGAUGGGAUCUGUAGAGAUCCCUCAGGCUGUGGUUUGGAAAUGGUUUGUAGCUGGUGAACACUGUAUCAAUUAAUUGCAGGCACUUUCAUUUGCACAAUAUUUUGAAUGCUUUCCCUUCUUUCUGGUCCCUUGGAUAUUUUCUUUUCCAAAUGAUAAAUUUCAGUUGAGUAUCUUAAUGCUUUUAAUGGGCUGUAACAAGAUCAAGUCCUUCUCUUUGAUUGCCAAGCAAAUCUUUGGAACUGGUUUUGUACAAGUAUUUAAGGAACACGCACCAAAGUUGGACUUUGUGCAGUGUGGGAUCCUUUUCACUGUGUAAUUUGUGUUCUUUUUGUGUGCUCCACAGAAAGAUGAGGAAUUUUUGCCUCAAGUUUUUGCGCAAUUAACAAAUGAAGCUACACCUGGUGAGCAACGAUGU